CUGGGUUUCCAGACCCCCAUUGUGCUCUUUCCUCCAAUGGGGCGGAAGAGGGGCCCUGCAAAGUCUGUGCUGGGGAAGGAAAGAGUAUGCCUGAGGAACAGAAAGAACAGCGUCUCCUGGUCUGGUUUCCACGGGAAUGUUUUUGGAAGGCCUGUGCCAAGGGCUGGGUGGUAGAGAUUUCCUCCUGCGUCUUGGGGGCCUGAAUCCUCCCUCUGUUGGGGUGGGAAGAGCAAUUUUACCUUCUAUGGGGAGGGCCCAUUGCCCCCCUGCCCAGCAGGUUCCCUCCUGAUGGGAGCUAUAGUCCAAAACAUGAGGAGGGCGCCUUCUUGGAAAAGGCUGGAGUAGACGCAGGGCCUUGACAGGCAACUCGUCAGGCCUUUUAAGGCAACUGCACAUCUUCAGGCAUCGGACGUGGCGUGGAGAUUCACACAAACAAGACUCUGGGCCUCUGCCAACAUUUGGCAGCCCUCCAGCUUCCCUGCGUGAGCCAGUUCCAGGUUUUAUGCCUGUCUUCUUGCAGCUGGCCAGAGCUGCACCUUUCUGACCUCUCAAUCUGCUCCAGGUUUUCCUUUUCUCUCUCUCAUCUGGGCCUCACUGUCUGGAUCCUGCUCUGGUUUCUCCACAGCUCUCAUGAGUCCAAUCCUGCUCCAUUCCAAGUCUUAGAUGAAGCUGUCCCCAUUUGCACUAAUUCCCCGUUAGUCAUGCUGCUGUUUCUGGGUUUUUUGAACCUGCAACUCUGAAUCCGCCAAGGCUGACGUCAGGUUUUCUGCCUGCUUCCUGACUCUAUUCCCGGUCCCUGGUUGUGGAUCCAGUUCCAGCUAUUUCUGCAGCAUUCCUGGGUAAACUCCUGUUCCAUGGUUUGGGCUUUCCAUGGCUGGUUUUGCUACGAGCUUCUUUGCCCAGUCUCUCUGGCUCCAGUCCCCGGCUGGAAUCCAGUCCCAGGCUUUCUGCUCUCCCCCAGUCUCCUGGCUCCGUUCCCAGCCUGUUCUGCUCUGGGUUUCCCGUUCUCGUUGCUCCUGGCUCCGUUCCCAGCUUGCUCCACUUCCGGACUUUCCAUCCUGCCCCCUCCCUUGGCCCUCGCCCAGGUCUCUGCCCGGUGAAGGCUGCCAGCCGCAGGGGCAGCAGCGGAGGCACGCCUGGGUCCCACUCCGCUGCCUGCCCACUUUGCCCCAGGCCAUGAUCCCUUUUCCUGAAGCAGCCAGCUGCUGGGGGGAGUGAGGGGAGGGGCCGGAUGCUGCCCCGCUCUCUGCGGCACCUGCUGGACGGGGGAGGGGACGCAGGGGUGACCCUCAGCGCCUUCAGGAGCCGGACCCCCGAAUCGGAGUGUUGCCCCCAAAGUCCUGCACAGCCCCCCGUGACGUUGUGGGAGGAGGCAGAGGACGGCGUCAUCUACACCGUCAGCUCUCGUCCGCCAGGGGGCGCCACCAGAGGGAGCGUGGUCACCGGGGGUACUGAGGACCCGGCGGGCGUUUCAGGUCAUCCAGGGGUGGCGACGGCUGCUGCUGCUGCUGCGUCCGGUUCCCCCGCUGGCCGGUCGCGGGCCCUGAAGGCUGGAUCGCUGCCCCGGCUUGUCCGGCACCUGUUGCAGGCCCCUGCACUCGGUGACACCUGCUAUGUGCCGGCUUUCCUGGCAACAUACCGGACUUUCGCCACAACCCGCGGGGUCCUGGAAGUCCUGCUGGAGAGUCUACAGGCGGUUGCAGGCUCAGGCAUCAGCCCAGAAACAGCAGAGCUGCAGCGGGCUCUGGGGUCGCUGCUUUGCUCCUGGCUGGAUGGGUACCCCGAGGACUUUGUGGGGCUGGAGGCCAGCCUGAGGGACCCGCUCUGGGGCUGGCUGCAAUGGGCCCUCGGGGACGGCUCGGAGCCUGGGAAGAGCUUCCUCGCAGCCUGCCAAGAGGGCGCCCCGGGGGAGCCCAAGGAAGACGAGGGUGUCGCAGGCGACGGGGACCCCGACCCCCACUUCAUCCUGGGCCUGCAGGCGGAGGACGUGGCCGCUCACCUCACCGCGCAGGAUGCCGAGCUCUUCCUCCGCCUGGUCCCUCAUGAGUGCCUGGGCUCGCUGUGGUCACAGCGCGACAAGCGGGGCCACGAAGGGGCCUGUCCCACCGUCCGGGCCACGGUGGCCCAGUUCAACCACGUGGCCAAUGCCGUUGUCACCUCCUGCCUGGGCAACACGGGGCUGCGGGCGACGCAGCGGGCCCGGCUGCUGGAGAAGUGGAUCCGAGUAGCCGAGGAGUGCUUCUUCCUCCGUAAUCUGUCCUCGCUCUACGCUGUGGUGUCUGCACUGAAGUCCACCCCUUUGCACCGGCUCAAGCGGACCUGGGAGGAGACGUCCAGGGACUCUCUCCGCUGCUACGAGGAGCUCAGCGCCGUCUGUUCGGAGGAGGACAACUACAAGCAGAGUCGGCGGCUACUUUUCCAGGAAGGUUCCCCUUGUGGAUCCGGUGCUGACCCAAUCCAGCGCAGGCAGCAGCAGCAGCGGAGAGCUUCGGAGCAGCGCCCAACGGGUGUGGUCCCUUAUCUGGGCACUUUCCUGAAGGACUUGGUGAUGCUUGACGCAGCAACACGGAACCGGCUGCAGAAUGGGUACAUUAAUUUUGAGAAGCAUCGCAAGGAGUUUGAGAUCCUGACCCAGCUGCGCCUCCUCCAGGCCAAGUGCCACAACUAUGCACUGAAUCCUGACCGCCCCCUCCAGCGGUGGCUGCAACGCCUCCCCCGUCUCAGCGAAGCCCAGAGCUACCAGCUGUCCUGCACCAUUGAACCGCCUGCAGAGGGAGUGACCGCCGCCCGACCUGUGAAACCCACCCUGGUGAUCACCCACUGCGCAGACCUGGCCACCUCGCUGGGAAUGAGCAUGCUGGUUUCCUGGGACAAGUCCAGCACCCCACAAGCGCCGCCAGACCUCCUGCUGCCACCGCUUGCCUCCCCCUCCCCACAGGGGCAAUCGCACCUGGGCCAGCAUAUAAAGUGGCCCUCCGUCUCCUCAUUGGACACGGCCCCAGAAAACACCUCUCCCUCAUCCCCGGGAGGCCUUGCCCCCCCUCCUGCCACCGGGGGCACCUUUGUCCGGGGACACCGGCGCUCUGCCUCUUGCGGGCCGGCCUAUCCCACGGCCCCCGCCCCCGGGAGCGGCUUGCCCUCGGACUGCCGCAUCAUCCGCGUGAGCAUGGCCCUGCAGAACGGCACCCUCUACAAGAGCAUUCUGGUCACGAGUCAAGACAAGGCGCCUGCGGUGAUUGGGAAGGUGCUGGAGAAACACAACCAGGAUCGGGGCCUGGCCCCCAGCUACGAACUGGUGCAGCUACUGCCUGAAGGCCGAGAGCUGGCUUUCCCACCAACAGCCAAUGUAUUUUAUGCCAUGAACAGCACGUGCCUGGACUUCAUGCUCCGACCCAAACGGCCACAGGAGAAACGGUCCCCACCAACACCCCCUCCCAGGAUCCCUGCCCCAAGGGGGGUGGAAAUCAGCGCAACCUUCCCAAAGAUCAAAGCCACCGGGCGCAAGAUUGCCCGGGCCCUCUUCUGAGCGUGGAGAAGAGCGUGACGCCUCAGCUACUGGUCAGCAGUGGUGACCCAUUUUGACUUGGGGACUGAACUGGGACUCAUUUUUAAUACUGGGGCCAAGUUGGCUGUUAACUUUUGCUUCAUCGGAGGACACCUUGUUGUCAGAAGUGAUGCCAACAUUGGCACAACUGCGACAGGCCUUGUUGCCUGACUUGGCAGCACUGGGACACCUUUCUUUCCCUUGUAAUCUUCUCUAGCUCAAGUGAGAGGUCUGCAUCGAAGACAGGAGUGUUAUUUCAUGCCCAAAAGAGAGUUUCCAUCUGUGUUGCGCACUUCCUGUUGGUGUUGCCACUGACUUCCUGUUUCUCCUUCCAUGCUCUAAGUGCCUUCACUGCCAAGGGCAGCAUUACAAAGCUGCCCCCCCGUCAGUGGCUGCUCCUCCUGUUUGGAGAGGUGGUGGUGGGGAAGAGGCUCAUUCGUCCUCACAGCAGCUGGAAAGCAGAGCACUUAGGCUACCUUAGGAGUGUGUGCAACACUCACAAACGGCACUAUGAGAUGUUGGGGGCUGCUUCUCAGGGAGUCUCAGCCAGAUGCUGAGAUGCAAAAUUGUCUCCUCCAACCUUGGCUGCCCCACGUUGGGAAGGGGGCACUCGGCUAUGCACGUCGCGCAAAGCGAGCAUCACUGCGCUUUGCUGCUCAAUGCAAGCGAACACUAAUAUAUAUAUUUUUAAAGACACUAUGGCGUGAGGAUGAGGCUCUGGGGAGGGGUACAGCUUGAACUCCCCCCCCCCGGCCAAAUUAUCUUUCCCGAAUUGAGGAGAAAGGACCCGUGAGCGUAGCACCCUUACAGGGUGGGGCUGUUUCAGACAGUGUGACUUUUUCCGUUCUCCUAGAUGGGGCUGCUGGGAACUGUAGUCCAAAACACCUGCCGGGUGUCAGGUUGAGGAAGGCUGUUAAAAGAGGUAACCCCCACAAGCAGUCAGCCUUCCCAUCCAAAGUUGCCAUUUCAUAUAUAGGACUUAGAACUACAACUUUUCCUGUCCUCACCAGCUUAACCCAGGGCUCUUGUCUCUCCCACGCUAAGUGAGGGGUCCCUCUCCUCCUGCCCCACCUUACAUUCUUUGUUGACCCCCCCCUCACAGCACAGCAAAGUAUUUCAAAACUUUGCAGCACCCUGCUCUGUAUAUAUUUUUAUACUAUUUAAGUCUUAGCAAAAGAAGUGCCUUCUUAUGGGGCCCUUUUAACACAUUCAGGAGGAGGACAAAUGGGAGAGGAGUGGAUGCUGUGGGACAGCUGUGCCUGUUCAGUUGCCUCCUGGCCCUGCUGCUGCAAGUGGCCCCCACACGUGGAUGGCAGCAGUUCAGGGGCCAGAGACGGCUGCUUUCCUGUCGCCUGCUCUAACUUAUCCCCCCCCCCCUUUGGAGAACAAAAUACGUUUUGAAUGUUGACAUGUUUUUACUCUAAAUAAGGGACACCUAUUUUCUAUGAAUAAAAAAGGAAGCUUUGUGGUAUGAA